AAGCCCAACAUGACUAGUACUAUUCCUACCUGGCAACAGAAAGUCCAAGCCAAACAGGCCGCAGCGGCAGCCAAAAUCCCGGCCGAAUGGCGACUGCCCGCCCACCUCCUGGCCACCGCCGACCCCGUGUCUCCAGAGAACGUCCUGUCGGUGCCCCGCGAUUGUGGCCUCUUGACCGAGCGCGAACUCGCCAUCACCGAGACCGUCGACGCCACCGCACUACUGGCCCAGAUCGCUGCCGGUAAAUACUCCGCCGUGGAGGUGACGACUGCCUUCUGCAAACGCGCGGCCAUCGCCCAGCAGCUCACAAACUGCCUGACGGAGACCUUCUUCGAUCAAGCCCUGAUCCGAGCGCAGGAGCUAGACACGCAUCUAGCGACGACAGGCCAGCCAGUCGGCCCGCUACACGGUCUACCUAUCAGUCUGAAGGACAUGCUGCAUGUAGCGGGCGUCGCCUCCACUCUAGGAUAUGUCUCCUUCCUGGACCGACCCCCUGCCACCGCCAACAGCCCGCUCGUGGACGUGCUUCUUGCAGCCGGGGCAGUCGUCUACGUCAAGACCAACAUCCCCCAAACCCUAAUGACGGCGGACUCGCACAACAACGUCUUCGGCCGCGUGCUCAACCCUCACCGCCGCACGCUCACCGCUGGGGGUAGUUCCGGGGGCGAGAGCGCGCUGAUCGCGCUCCGCGGCUCCUUGCUGGGGGUGGCGUCCGAUAUCGCGGGCUCGAUUCGCAUCCCCGCGCACUGCUGCGGGCUGGUUGGCUUCAAACCCUCGAUGGGACGAGUCCCGUACUCUGGUAUCUUGAAUGCGGGAAAACCGGGCUACCUCUCAGGGAUCUCGGCGGUAGCGGGACCGAUCUGCCACUCCAUACGCGAUGCCACUCUCUUCCUGCAAACCGUUUGUAAUGUGCGCCCGGAUGACUUUGAUGAUGUCGCACUGGGUAUACCCUGGACUGUACCCAGCAUCAGCGACAAGCUUCGGAUUGGGCUCUUCACGGCCGACCCUAAGCUUCCGUUGCACCCGAAUAUCGCACGCACCCUUCAUCGGGCAGCCGAAAAGCUCGCGGCAGCUGGUCAUGAGAUUGUCGACAUUACCGCACAGCUACCUCUGAUGGAGGAGGCCAAUGACACCGCCUUCGGACUGUUCGGUCUUGACGCUGACCGGACCGCGAUCUCUCAUCUGACUGCGGCGGGGGAGCCACUUGUUCCUUCCUUGGGGAUUGUCAAUGGGGACAAGAAGCCGAACCCUGCGCCUACUCUGGAUGAUCUGUUCCGGCUAACCGCCAGGAAAGCAGAGAUCACCGCGCAGACGCGUCGAGUGUUCGUGGAGAAUAAGUUGGAUCUGAUUCUGGCACCGGCGUACCAGAGCUGCGCCUUGGUGCAUGAUAGAUACGCUCACGCGUGGUAUACAGUGUUUUGGAAUCUGGUAGAUAGCCCCAGCUGCGUGCUUCCGUUCGGCAAAUCGGAUGCACAAGCCGAUCGAGAGUGGGUGAGACAGGAUGUGAUAUAUCGGCCUCCCUAUCAACCAAAGGAGGUGGAGGGAGCGCCUUGUCAUGUGCAAUUGGUCGGACGGCGGCUGAGAGAAGAGGUGUUGGCCCGGCAGGCAGAGCUCGUAGAGGCGGUUUUGAAGGAUAACUAG